AUGAAUGUGGGGGGCAAGCAGCGCUUGGGACUUCCACCCAUUUAUAGGAGGUCACCCAGUGUAUAUGGGGGGGCUGGAGGCUACAACACCCGCAUCUCAAAUGUCAAACAAAUAGGGAACUACGGGGCCAUGGUUGCUGGAGGGAAUCUGACUUCUGCAAAUGAGAAGACGACCAUGCAGAACCUCAAUGACCGCCUUGCAAUCUACCUAGAAAAAGUGAGGUCCCUGGAGCAGUCCAACCAGAAGCUGGAGGUGAAGAUCAAGCAGUGGCACGACACUAACACACCCACCUCCACCCGGGACUACAGCGCCUAUCUCAGACAAAUCGAGGAGCUGCAAACUCAGAUUAAAGAUGCUCAGCUGAAAAAAACCCAAUUAGUUCUGAACAUUGAUAAUGCUAGACUGGCUGCUGAGGACUUCAGAGUGAAGUUUGAAACAGAGAGAGGGUUUCGCCUAUCAGUGGAGGCUGAUCUCCAAGGCCUGAAUAAGCUCAUUGAUGAUCUAACCCUGAGUAAGACAGACUUGGAACUUCAAAUUGAAGAACUGAAUAAAGACCUGGUUCACCUCAAAAAAGAACAUGAGGAGGAAGUGGCCGCUCUCCGCAGGCAGCUGCGAAGCACUGUCAGCGUGGAGGUGGACGCAGCUCCAUCUAAGAACCUCGGUGCCAUCUUGGAGGAAAUGAGGCAGAAAUAUGAAAUCAUGGCCCAGGCCAACCUUCAGAAGGCCAAGGAUCAGUAUGAUUCACAGAUUUCCAUGCUGAGCAAUGAAGUCUCAGUGAGCAGUGGAGAGUUAAAAGAAGCUGAGAGUCAAAUAAAGGUGCUGAGACAGAGCUAUCAGACCCUGGAGAUCGACAUGCAGUCCCAGCUCAGUCUGAAAGAAUCUUUGGAGCGUAGACUCGAGGACAUCAAACUUCGCUACAGUAACCAGUUGGCCGCCAUCCAGGGACAGCUAACCUUCCUAGAGAAGCAACUGAUGAAGAUCCGGGGUGACAUAGAACACCAGACUGCAGAGUACAACGCUCUCUUUGACAUAAAGACCCGGCUGGAGCAGGAAAUUGCCACUUACCGCCGCCUUCUGGAAGGGGAAGAAAUGUAAGAUACAAGUUUCCCGGUAAUGACCCUGGAACACAAAGAUGUAAAGAAAACCAAGAAGAUUAAGCAUGUCGUGCAAGAAAUAGUGGAUGGCAAGGUUGUGUCAUCUGAAGUCAAUGAAAUGGAAGAAACUAUCUAA